AUGGCGCCGACCAUUCAAUCUCAGGCUCAGCGUGAAGACGGCCACAGCAGGCCGUCCUCCCACAGAACUGUCCCAGAGAGGUCAGGAGUGGUUUGCCGGGUGAAAUACUGCAACAGCCUCCCUGACAUCCCCUUUGACCCCAAAUUCAUCACAUAUCCAUUUGACCAGCACAGAUUUGUACAGUACAAAGCCACAUCUCUGGAGAAGCAGCAUAAACACGAGCUGCUAACUGAACCAGACCUGGGCGUUACCAUUGAUCUUAUAAACCCGGAUACCUACCGCAUAGACCCCAGCAUAUUGUUGGAUCCAGCUGAUGAAAAGCUGCUUGAAGAAGACAUCCAAGCUCCAUCCAGUUCUAAGAGGUCACAGCAGCAUGCAAAAGUUGUGCCAUGGAUGAGAAAAACCGAGUACAUUUCCACAGAGUUUAACAGAUACGGUGUCUCUAAUGAGAAAGUGGAAGUCAAGAUUGGAGUUUCUGUCAAACAGCAGUUCACAGAAGAAGAAAUUUACAAAGACCGAGACAGUCAGAUUUCAGCUAUUGAGAAGACAUUUGAGGAUGCACAGAAAAAUAUUGCACAGCACUACAGUAAGCCAAGAGUUACUCCUGUGGAAGUAAUGCCUGUAUUCCCAGACUUUAAAAUGUGGAUCAACCCAUGUGCUCAAGUCAUUUUCGAUUCUGAUCCUGCACCGAAAGACAUGACGGCAACUGCAGGCGUGGAAAUGAUGUCUCAAGCCAUGAUUAGAGGAAUGAUGGAUGAAGAAGGUAAUCAGUUUGUGGCCUACUUCCUGCCCAAUGAGGAAACUCUCCGGAAACGCAAACGAGAUUGCGAUGAGGGUGUGGAUUAUAUGGCUGAGGACCUGUAUGAUUACAAGAUUGCCAGAGAGUAUAACUGGAAUGUUAAGAACAAAGCCAGCAAGGGUUACGAAGAAAAUUACUUCUUCAUCUUCCGAGACGGUGAUGGUGUUUAUUACAAUGAACUGGAAACAAGAGUGCGACUAAGCAAAAGAAGAGCUAAAGCCGGAGCAACGUCUACCACAAAUGCUGUGCUGGUUUGUAAACACAGAGAUAUGAACGAGAAGGAGCUUGAAGCACAGGAAGCUCGUAAAGCACAGUUGGAGAACCAUGAACCAGAGGAUGAGGAGGAAGACAUGGACAUGGAUAAAGAUAUGCAGGACUCUGGUGAUGAGAAAGAGAAGGGCAGUGGCAGUGAGGGGGAGAACUUUGGCAGUGACUCAGACGGAGAAGAUGAAGAGCCGGAGCCAAGAGAAGAAGACGAGGAAGUUGAAGACCGAGGGAAGCGCAGGAGGAAGCUCAGCGCUAGUGGAAGUGAGAGCGGAGAAGAACGCACCAGAGAGUUGCGUGACGAAGAAGAGAUCUUUGGCAGUGACGACGACGACGACAGUGGCGACAAUGAGCCCAAGAACUCAGCGCGGAGCAGUGGUGAUGAAGGCAGCGGCAGUGAAGACGAAGGGGCAAACCGAAGAGGCAGCAGAAGUCGCAGUGCCUCUCCAGCUCACAGUGACCAUAGCAGUGUCCAUUCAGAGGAACAUGCUCCCAGCGCUAGUGGGAGCGAGCGGGCGUCGGACUCCAGUGAAGCCAGUGACAGUGAAUAA